AUGGCUCGAUCACGAAGCACAUUCGCUUUGGGCCUUGGGCUCCUUUGUUGGAUCACCCUGCUCUUCUCUCCCCUGGCUUUCGUCAAGCCUGUCCAGGCCGACGUAUCUGAAUAUGGCACUGUCAUUGGUAUUGAUUUGGGCACGACCUACAGCUGUGUCGGUGUGAUGCAAAAGGGCCACGUCGAGAUUAUCUUGAACGAUCAGGGUAACCGAAUUACUCCUUCUUAUGUCGCCUUCACCGAUGAGGAGCGUCUUGUCGGUGACGCGGCCAAGUACCAGGCCGCCGGUAACCCUGAACGAACUAUUUUUGACGUCAAGCGUCUGAUUGGCCGAAAAUUCAGUGACAAAAACGUCCAGGCCGAUCUCAAACACUUCCCUUACAAGGUUGUCGCCGAGGACGGCAAGCCCGUCGUCCAGGUUGAUGUCCAGGGCACUCCGAAGACUUUCACCCCUGAGGAAGUUUCCGCCAUGAUUUUGGGUAAAAUGAAGGAUGUUGCCGAGUCUUACUUGGGCAAGAAGGUCACCCAUGCCGUUGUCACUGUUCCUGCCUACUUCAAUGAUGCCCAACGCCAGGCUACCAAGGAUGCGGGUACGAUCGCCGGUCUCAAUGUCCUCAGAGUUGUCAACGAACCCACCGCUGCUGCUAUUGCCUAUGGACUGGACAAGACCGAGGGCGAACGCCAUAUCAUUGUGUACGAUCUUGGUGGUGGUACUUUCGAUGUCUCUCUUCUUUCCAUCGACCAGGGUGUUUUCGAGGUCUUGGCUACUGCCGGUGAUACCCAUCUUGGUGGUGAGGAUUUCGACCAGCGCGUCAUCGACUACCUCGCCAAGAACUUCAACAAGAAGCACGACGUCAAUAUUACCAAGAAUAAGAAGACCAUGGGUAAACUCAAGCGUGAGGUGGAGAAGGCCAAGCGCGACCUUUCAUCACAGAUGCUCACUCGCAUUGAAAUAGAUGCCUUCUUCGAGGGCAAGGACUUCUCUGAGCCCCUGACUCGCGCCAAGUUCGAGGAGCUGAACAAGGAGCUCUUCAAGAAGACCCUGAAGCCUGUCGAGCAGGUUCUCAAGGACGCCAAAAUGAAGAAGUCCGAGAUCGAUGAUAUUGUUCUUGUCGGUGGUUCUACUCGUAUCCCCAAGGUUCAGGCUCUCGUUGAAGAGUAUUUUGGCAAGAAGGCCUCCAAGAAGGUUAACCCCGACGAGGCUGUGGCUUUCGGUGCCUCUGUUCAGGCUGGUAUUCUGUCCGGAGAGGAGGGUACCGAGGAACUUCUUCUCAUGGAUGUCAACCCUCUUACUCUCGGUAUUGAGACCACUGGUGGAGUCAUGACCAAGUUGAUUCCCCGCAACACCGCCAUCCCUACUCGCAAGAGCCAGAUUUUCUCUACUGCUGCUGAUAACCAGCCUGUGGUCCUGAUUCAGGUCUACGAGGGUGAGCGAUCUCUGACCAAGGACAAUAACCUUCUUGGCAAGUUUGAUCUUACUGGCAUCCCCCCCUCGCCUCGUGGUGUUCCCCAGAUUGAGGUCUCCUUUGAGCUUGAUGCCAACGGUAUCCUUAAGGUCUCAGCCCACGACAAGGGCACUGGCAAGCAGGAGUCCAUCACCAUCACCAACGAUAAGGGCCGUCUUACCCAGGAGGAAAUCGACCGCAUGGUUGCUGAGGCCGAGAAGUACGCCGAGGAGGACAAGGCUACCCGUGAGCGCAUUGAAGCUCGCAACAGUCUUGAGACCUACGCUUUCAGCCUCAAGAACCAGGUCAACGAUGCCGAGGGUCUUGGUGGCAAGAUUGACGAGGAAGACAAGGAAACUAUUAUCGACGCCGUUAAGGAGGCUACUGAGUGGCUCGACGAGCACGGUGCCGACGCUUCCGCCGAGGACUUCGAGGAGCAGAAGGAGAAGCUGUCCAACGUGGCGUAUCCUAUUACCUCCAAGAUGUACGGUGGUGAUGCUCCUGGCAGCCAGGAGGAAGAGUCUGAUUUCCACGAUGAACUGUAA